AUGACUCUUUUUUCCGUUCCACAAGAUCAAAGUCAAUUUAGUUGGACAUCUCCAGAAACGUCCCAGGUACCCUCAUCAUGGAGAUCCUUGUCGAAUUUUCCAAGUGGUCCAGAAAGCACGCCUUGCCCUGGACAUAGUUCACCAGGCCGCACCACAUCAGUGGAGAGCUUGUCACCUGUGAAGAGAAGUUUCGGCUCUGCCGUUACAUCAGCCUCCAAUUUGAGACGAGCCAGCUCAAAGUUGCCGUGGCCGUUGCGGAAAGCCAAGGUCUUGGACUGUCAGAGCUCCUUGACCAGCGUGGACAUAGUCAGUACCAAGAGAAAAAAGGCGCGCAUAAAGAGUCAUUGGAAGUUACUGAACCGAUCCGGCACUGACUCCUCGGAGAAGGCAAGACUGAGGAUCGGUCCUCCCAUUCCAGUAAGGCCGGAGGAACAGCUAUUCCAAAGGAGAUUGCUCGUUUCGAAGCCUUCGGUGCAAUCUGCACAGGGAGUGAGAUUGAGAAGAAAGAUUCCUUCUAAGGUGUACACCACUCCCCCCGAGCCACCAUGUCCUGAAUGGAGACACGGAACAUGGCUGGCAGAUCUGGACCCGGACAAGAGGGGAGAGGCAUUUGAGCGAAUACAUCCUGACGGUUGGUGCAAAAUCCUGCCUAGGCAAUGGGUUGAAGAAGAAUUUAGCGAGAAUGAUAGUAAGGACACGGAGGAAACCAGAAGCCUGUAUAGUCAGGACAACGGAGAGGAGGAGGAGAGGAGGCGCAAGGGAAAUGCUCGUGACUUCGGCCGUCGAAGGAAGACGCAUCAGCAAUCAGGAAAUCCGACAAACGGAGUUGUCGUACACCGCGUACCGAACAAGCAUGAAAGAACCGAUGCACUUGAGCAUGGCUACAAAGGUGACCAAGGAGUUUCAGCGAGAACAGAUCCUGCAACUGGAACACCUCCGAUCACACCCACAGACAAGUCCUCUGCUCCACAAGCCCUUCCAUGUACUCCUCCGGCCGCGUACAGCGACAAAAGAGAGGCCCAGAGACUCCGAUGCUUUGAGCAGUCCAGAACAGCUCUUCGAGACGUUCUCACAGAGCAUGGAGCAUGGUCAGGUGUGAGCCUGAUCCAGAAUCCACAUCAG